UCAAACAGACUCCCGGCCCCCAGACACCUGCGCUGAGGAGGGCGAGGCAGGCAGGAGGCUGGGCGCAGGUCCCUGGGCGCGUCCCGUCUCUCCCCCCAAAGCCCUGCCGCGUCCUGGCCACGCCAUGCCGCACACUGGGCUCUGCAGCUGCUGGGGGGGCCGGGUGCUGCCGCUCCUGCUGGCUUAUGUCUGCUACCUGCUGCUCGGUGCCACCGUCUUCCAGCUGCUGGAGAAGCAGGCGGAGGCUCAGUCCAGGGACCAGUUUCAGUUUGAGAAGCUGCGCUUCCUGGAGAACUACACCUGCCUGGACCAGCGGGCGCUGGAGCAGUUUGUGCAGGUCAUCAUGGAAGCCUGGGUGAAGGGCGUGAACCCCAAAGGCAACUCCACCAACCCCAGCAACUGGGACUUCGGCAGCAGUUUCUUCUUUGCAGGCACAGUCGUCACCACCAUAGGAUAUGGGAACCUGGCACCCAGCACCCAGGCAGGCCAGGUCUUCUGUGUCUUCUAUGCCCUGGUGGGCAUCCCGCUCAACGUGGUCUUCCUCAAUCACCUGGGCACAGGGCUGCGUGGCCACCUGACUACGCUGGAGAGGUGGGAGGACCAGGCCAGGCGCUCCCAGCUACUUCAGAUCCUGGGCCUGGCUCUGUUCCUGACCCUGGGGACGCUGGUCAUUCUCGUCUUCCCGCCCAUGGUCUUCAGUCACGUGGAGGGCUGGAGCUUCGGCGAGGGUUUCUACUUUGCCUUCAUCACUCUCAGCACCAUCGGCUUCGGGGACUAUGUGGUUGGCACGGACCCCAGCAAGCAUUACAUCUCAGUGUACCGAAGCCUGGCGGCCGUCUGGAUCCUGCUGGGCCUGGCGUGGCUGGCACUGGUUCUCCCAUCAGCCCCGCUGCUUCUGCAUAGAUGCUCCCAGCUCUGGCUGCUCAGCAGGAGCCUUAGUCUCAAGGAAGGCGGAGCCCCCAAGACAGAUGGGCUCUCCAGACCUCAGAAGAUCCCCAUCUCUGCAUGAGCUCCCCCACUCCCCCCCAGGAGCCCCUCUCAGCUUCCCUGCCCAGCCCAUAUGCCCUCUGCAGUUCCUGCCCUGCCUGCUCCUCCCUCAACCCAUUCAUUUCCCAGCCAGGGCUGGUCUCAGGAGCUCUCUGGAUAGAGAAAGGAGGCAGGAGUGUCCAAGGACGGACAUGUAGAGACAGAAUCACACACAGAUGCAUGUGGAGCAAGAUGUGCACCGUUGUCCCAAAGCCCCUGCCCUUUCCCCCUCAAAAGUGACCAGACGUAGCUCACUGUGGCCAAUCCCCAUUGCCCUCCCCACACUCCCCUCCCAGAAGACGUCAUACGGGACAGCAAACAGAGGGUGACUUUACUUUUGCCUCAUUGGAUACGGUCACAAUGGGCAUUGGUCUGGCCCCCAGUAUGUAUCAGGCACCGUGCCAGGGUCUAGGGGCACAACAAGGAAAAUUCCUGCCCUCGAUGUGCAUUUAGUCAAGUGGAAGGACUAGCUAGGUAGAGCGGCAAGCCCAACCCAGUGCCCAAAAUGCUAUGACGAGGGCCGACCAAGGUCUGACGAGAGCCCACGGGAACGGCUGGCAGGAAGAGUCAAGGAGAGGGGCAGGGACUUUGGAGCAACUCAGUGCAAAUGGGCUAUCUGCCCUCAGGAAGCCACACUGAGGGGCUGCCUCUCACAGCCUGCCAGUGCCCCUUGCCUAGAGGUCUAGAGCUGUCUGUGAACAAGGCUUAGGAGGUCCUGGGUGUCCCACCCACUUUCCUGGGCAUGGCCUCCCCUGAUCCCCCAGGGCACCCCUUGAUCCCAUCAGCCCCUCUGGGUUCCUGUCUUCUUAAGACCCUUUCUAAACACAUGUUGCCCUGGGGAAAAUGGAAAGCCAGCGGAGCCCAGGAGAUUUCCAGGAAAUGAGUUCCACGGAGGCCCAGCCUCCCUUGGGAACGAGCUCUACCACCCUGGCCUUUCUCCUGCCAGAUUGAGGCAGCUCUGGCCAGAAGGAGAGGAGAGAUUUAGACCAGUCCAUCCCAAGGCCCAGACUGACCUUGGUCCCUACCUCUCCCAGCACCCCAGCAGCAAGGCAGGCCCGUAAGUGUCUGGGAACCUCUGGACAGGACUGAGGCAAAGCUUAAAGCAGAGGCGGCUCCAGACGGGAAGGAUCUAUAGCAGCAGGACAGACCCAGCUUACAUCCCAGGACUUUCUGAUGUGGAGGAGAGGCCUGGGGAGCUGAGGACCCACCGCCAGGGACCCCUUACCUCUCCAGUACCCCUCCUCAUUCUGGGUAGAGGAGGGAGUGAGGGGGCCUCUUAGGAAGCAGAGAAUAGACAAACCCACUGGUCAAGGCUUCUCUGCCUCCCAAGCUCACGGACAAGUGGUGACCAGCUGGGGUGCUUGUCUUUGGGUACACAAAGAACAGGGUGAUGGUCUGAGAGGACUCGACAGGCAGCAAGUUCUUGGAG